AUGGUUUUCGAUGUGAUACGUUAUGGAGCAAUUCAAGGAGGAAUUAUAGAUAACAGCCAGGCAUUUUUGAAAGCAUGGAGUGAAGCAUGUAAAUGGGAAGGAAGAGCAAGGCUUGUGAUUCCUGCCGGAACAUUCAAGUUAUUCCCAGUUGAAUUCUCAGGUCCAUGCAAGGGUCACAUUGCCUUUAUAAUUAGGGGAACUUUGCUUGCUUAUACUAGUCCCUCAGCAUUGAAUUCUGAAAAUUGGAUAACCUUUAGGAACGUCGAAGGGCUGACCGUAGCUGGAGGUGGUAUGCUGGAUGGCCAAGGAGCCUCGGUUUGGCAUCGUAACGAUUGCAAUACUAAUACCGGAUGCAAAGCCCUCCCAACGUCGAUGACUUUCAACUUCGUCACAAAUGCAAGCGUUCAUCACUUGAGAUCUGUCAACAGUCAAAAUAGUCAUUUCAAGGUUUUUGGAUGCCAAAAGAUAGACUUCAGAAACAUAAGAAUCACUGCCCCUGCAGAAAGUCCCAACACUGACGGCAUAAAAAUAGGAAAUUCAUACCGCAUUAGAAUUAGACAUAGUAUUAUUCAGACCGGCGAUGACUGUAUAGCAAUUCUGUCGGGAAAUCGAAAAAUCCACAUAUCUAAUGUCUUUUGUGGUCCUGGACAUGGCAUAAGUAUCGGAAGUCUUGGAGGGCAUGCUUAUACUGAAUAUGAUGUUGAAGGAAUUUUUGUGAAAAAUAGUGUUUUCAAAAACACUGAUAAUGGUUUGAGAAUCAAAACUUGGGCUCGAGAUUCUCCAAGACCCUUGAAGGCUUCAAAUAUCGUGUAUGAAAACAUUAACAUGAUUGAUGUUAUGUAUCCCAUCAUCAUCGAUCAACAAUACUGUCCGCACAAUCAAUGCGAUCAACAGGCUUCUUCUUCGUCAGAUGUGCAAAUCAGUGAUGUUACAUUCAGAAACAUAUGGGGAACAUCGUCCUCCCAAGAAGCAGUGACUCUUAAAUGUAGCAAAAGCAAGCCAUGCAAGAAUAUAGUGAUGGAGAAUAUCAAGCUACCUCAUAAUGGUUCAAAGGGAGAUGCCACUUCUGUAUGCGAUAAUGUCAUUGGCAACUCUUAUGGCUCGCACAAUGUCCCUCCUUCUUGCAUAUAAAUA